AACGCUUCCACAGAAAAAAGAGGUCCUUAAAUGGCGACUCGUGUUGAGGCGGCUCAAGACACCUGUCGCCUCCACCACAACCCUAGCCGGCGAAGAAGAAGGAAACGACACACCAACACCACCUUCUUUCUCUCUCUCUCUCUUACUUUCUCUCUCUACCCCCUCUCUCUCAUCCCAAAUUUUAUCCCAAAAAGAAAAAAAAAAAAAGGUAAGACGGUUUGGGUCAGCUGUUGCUAGAACUACUUCAAUUGCCUGGGUAUAUAAGAUAUAAUAAUUUGGGAUUUUGGUCCAGCUGUUGCCAUUUUUUGCAUUCUUGAGACAUGGGAUCUUAUAUAAACUUCAAGAAUUUCAAUAGCACACCACAGCCAGAAAGCAGUGGCGGGAAACCAGUGGGGAAUUUUCCGCUGGCCAGACAGUCCUCCAUAUACUCCUUGACCUUUGAUGAGCUCCAAAAUAGCAUGGGUGGGGUUGGAAAGGACUUUGGAUCGAUGAACAUGGACGAGCUUUUAAAGAACAUUUGGACAGCUGAAGAGAUGCAAGCGAUGGCCUCCUUCCCUAAUGGAACAGAAGGGAGUACUCCUGGUGGGAAUCUGCAGAAACAGGGUUCACUUUCAUUGCCAAGGACUCUUAGCCAGAAAACUGUUGAUGAAGUCUGGAGAGACUUGCUUAAAGAAAGUGGCAGCGCAAAAGAUGGGGGUGGUAGUGGGGGAUCAAAUUUGCCGCAGAGGCAACAGACGUUGGGAGAGAUGACACUGGAGGAGUUCCUGGUGAGAGCAGGGAUAGUAAGAGAAGAUACUCAACCAAUUGCAAGGCAGACUAAUGGUGGAUUUUAUGGUGAAAUAUCACGACCAGGUAACAGCAACACUGGUUUGACUCUUGGGUUUCAGCAGCCAACUCGGAACAAUGGAGUCUUGGCUAACCAUACCACGGAGAAUAAUAAUUUAGUUCCUAAUCAGUCCUCUAGUUUAGGACUGAAUGUAGGUGGAGCCAGAUCUUGUCAACUACAGCAACAACAGCAACAACUACAGCAACAACAGCAGCAGCAGCUCUUUCCCAAGCAAGCAACUUUGGCUUUUGCCUCUCCUAUGCAUUUGGUGAACAAUGGUCAGCUGGCUAGCCCAGGAACAAGGGGUGCAGUUGUUGGGAUGGCUGAUCCUCCUAUGAACAAUGCUUUGGUUCAAAGUGCUGUCAUACAGAGUGGAGCAGUGAGCAUGGCUGGUUUAGGUUCUGCGAAUGCUAUAGUUGCUGCAGGAUCUCCUGUGAAUCAGUUGCCUACGGAUGUCAAUUCAAAGAGUAACAUAAAUACAUCUUCGCUAUCACCAGUUUCUUAUAUGUUUAGUGAAGGUACACGGGGAAGGAAGGGCAACGGAGGUCUGGAGAAAGUGGUGGAGAGAAGGCAUAGGAGAAUGAUUAAAAACAGAGAGUCUGCUGCAAGGUCACGGGCUCGGAAGCAGGCAUAUACCUUAGAAUUGGAAGCAGAAGUAGCAAAACUGAAGGAAAUUAACCAAGAUUUGCAGAAAAAGCAGGCAGAAAUAAUGGAGAUGCAGAAAAAUCAGAUUUCCGAAGCGCAGAAAAUGCCAUGGGGUAGUAAAAGACUCUGCUUGAGGAGGACAUUGACAGGCCCUUGGUAGAGCUGAUGCUUGAAUACACAAACUUGUCCCCAGGUCAAAUAAAAGAAGUGGACAGUUUGAUCUGAUUCAUAUCUUGUUCUACAAAGGGUAAUUGUCUGUAUGUAUAGAAACAAAGAGUGGUAUGUAAAAUAUGGGACUGAGAUUAGAUUAAUCUUGUAGAUUGAAGCUGGUGUGAUGUCUGUUUGCUUCUCUUUUGACUACCAAAACAACUAGGAUAGUUCUGAAAGGAAGUGUGGUCUCACUUUUACCAUCUACUUCCAGGACUAGUUAACCAUCAUAAAUAUCUGAGUUUUUUUUUUUUUUUUGUCAUUGGGAUCUUUUGUUCAGUUCAUCUCUGAAGUUCAUAUGGUUACAAGACAAAAACAUAAACUGAUAAUGGCAUAUCUGAGGAGUCUGACUGAGGAACAAGAAGUUUUUUGAAGCAGCAAACCUUUGGGGACUGGUUUGGGGAGUUUCCUAUUGGGUUCAAGGAAGAUGUAAAAUAUGUGUUUAUUAUAAAACUUGAGUUUGUAUUUUUAUGUUGUGUUCUAUAUUGUGAUGCAUUUUCUUGAAUUGAAUAUAUAUAUUUUUAGUUGGUACUAAA